AUGGCCGCGACUGCGCAAUGGGGACCGCUGCGUUCAUUAUUGACAAUUUUCCCCGUGUUAUUGGGUUCAAUGCUUUUGGCACUCAAGCAUCACUACAACUUACCAACACCAAUCCAUGACCUUCAUGACCCCCUCACUAAUUUACCCCAAAUCUCUGAAACUCGUAUUCUAAGUUAUGCUCAGCAUCUAUCAGAGGACAUUGGCUAUAGGACAGUUGGCACGUACGAACAUGCGCUGGCGGACGAAUGGAUGUGGCAACAAGCGAACCGAAUGAAGGAAUUAUGCGAGCAAGUAGUUAGGGAAGAGGGACACCGGAAGCUGGAGUGCGAGGUCUGGCGCCAGCAGGGUAGCGGCAGUCAUAGGUUUGAUAUGAUGGCGAAGCGACUGUACAAGACAUACGUCAACCUGACAAACAUUGUUGUUCGAGUUUCAGACGGGACACCGGAAGGGAAAGAACACGCGGUCUUGGUAAAUUCUCACUUGGAUAGUACGCUUCCCAGUCCAGGAGCUGCGGACGAUGCCCUUUCUGUCGGUGUUAUGCUGGAAUGCAUCCGUGUCCUCGUAAGUUCACCCGGCUGGUCACCUAAGCAUGCCAUCGUAUUCUUGUUCAACAACGCCGAAGAAUCUCUUCAGGACGGGUCCCACCUGUAUUCUACCCAACACUCCACAGCACCUACCGUACGCGCUGCCAUCAAUUUGGAAGCCGCGGGCUCGACGGGACGGGAGAUGCUCUUUCAGGCGACAUCGGAGGAAAUGAUUCAAGCCUAUUCUCACGUCCCAAGACCAUUCGGUACUAUUCUUGCCAAUGAUAUCUUCAGCUCGGGAGUACUUCUCUCGGACACUGACUUCCGGCAGUUCGAGGAAUAUCUUAACGUUGCAGGGCUGGACAUGGCGGUGGUUGGUAACAGCUAUCUGUACCAUAUGCGAAAGGAUCUAGUCGAAAACAUUCAAGCAGGGGUAGCCCAGCACAUGGGCGAAAACGCUUUGGCCCUCUUGCAACACUUAUCCUCUCCCGAUUCGCCCUUGCCUUCACUUACAUCGGGAUAUACAGCCCCAUCGACCGUCUUCAUCUCCCAUACUGGGUUCUUCUUCAGUUGGUCAUUUGCGACUGCGAAGGUUUUAUAUGUUAGCUUCUUCUUGGUACUCAUCUACACCGUCCCUUCGUCUUCGAAGGCGAAGUCCGGCGGGCUGGUGCCAGGAAUUAUUUCCUUAGUUUAUGCCGGUAUAGGCGCAGUAGUAGUGCCAAACAUCGUCGCCGCCAUCAUGCAAUACGGACUCGGGAAGGGGAUGAGCUGGUUCUCCAGAGAGUUCUCCACCGUCGUCUUGUUCGGACCCCCGGCGUUUUUAGGCGCUGUGGCUUCACAGCUACUCCUUGCUCCUGUUGAUGAGCAUGACGCCUUAGCCGCCGUGCUCCUUACACAGUCUUUCUUAGCUGUGGUGAUCCAGAUGCUGAAUGUUGGAUCGGCGGUCAUGCUCUUCAUGAGUGCACUACCGCUCUAUUUGACUCUACUCCUCAACCGUCUGAUCACUGGCCAAAGGCGAGGCGAGAUAUCCCUGUGGACAUACUCGUUAGGACAAUUCCUCCCUCUGCUCAGCAACGUGCAGGCUAUGGCUCCAACGCUCGAAGUGUUCGUGCCCUUGACUGGUCGUCUUGGGGGCCAUGUCCCUGCCGACAAUGUGAUUGCUACGCUCGUUUCGGUCAUGGGUGCCCAGCUGGUCCCUCUUGCCCUUCCUUUCUUCCACAGAUUCGGCCGUCCGUUCUUGGUCCGCGCGACAGGCCUGUUUUUCACCGUGACCGUUGUGACCAUGGCCGUUUUCGCUAUGCGUAAACCGUUCGACGAGAUGCACCAGAAGCGUAUUUUUGUCUUACAUUUGGAGAAUAUCACCUCCCAAGAACAACACUUACAUAUUGCUACCGCUGAUGGCGCCCCAGGGUUUGACUUGCUUGCAAAUAGUAUAGCUGGGUUGUUCACUGGGAAGGAGGAAGCAUUGUCGUUGGAGGCCAUGCAUGAUCACAAUCCGAAUUGGGAUCCGUUAUUCCCUUUCUCCGCCUUUCUGACCCCGUAUAAGGUCGACCUCGUUGUCGACCCUACUUACGUCUCCCCUUGGGCCUCUGGAAACACUUUCACGGUGUCCGCCAUCAACGACGUAACAGACUUCGCCCAGGGCACCAGAAGUUUCACACUCCGAAUAUACCACCCAGGUGUCAUUUGGACUGUCAUUGCUUUCGACGCUCAUGUAUUGAAGUGGACACUUGAUGACAACCCACCCGACGAAUUUGCCCGUCACCACGUCAAGGAAGCUUCAUUCUACGGGAUCGACACGUGGUCUGUGGACAUGGUCAUUAAGCUACCUGACUCCUCGUCCUCAUCCAGUCCGCCAAGCGGUGCACUGAAGGUCGAUUUCAACGGGAUCCUUGAGAAGGGAAUGUGGCCCGGGAAGAAGAGUGUUAAGGAGCAAGGCGGCGCCGCGAUGAAGGUAUUCGAACGACUUGAUGGGUGGUUGGACCAAGAGACAGGAGGGACUGUCGAUGCUACUCUUCUUGGAUGCGUCGCCGGUGUCAUUGUCGUCUAA